GACAGCUCAACUGUCCUGUUCAGAUUCGAGGCCAAGAACCGAUAAAUUGUCCCAAAAACAGCGUAAUUUUCAACUUCCAGUGCCAUACCGAUUCAAAUUUCUAAUUGGGUAUUGUUCACCAGCGGGAGGCUGUGUAUAUUAAUUCUUUUCUCUGGAACAAUUGUCAUCAUUCUACAAGUGACUGUUCUCUUGUUCCAAAUCUCAAAACCCUAUCAACCAUGAAUUCCUCUCGGGCACUACAUUACGUUCUGAAGAUAGGAAACCGCCAAAAGAAUAUCCAUUUCUUCCGCGAUGUAUUAAACAUGAAGGUAUUGCGGCAUGAGGAGUUUACGGAAGGUUGCGAUGCCGCGUGUAAUGGGCCGUACGAUAACCGCUGGAGCAAAACGAUGAUAGGCUACGGACCGGAAGAUGAGCAUUUUGUCCUCGAGCUGACUUACAAUUACGGCGUAUCAGACUACGUUCUAGGCAACGAUUUGGCUGCUAUUACCGUUAAAUCGUCAGAGGCAGCUGCUCGUGCGCGUAAGAGCAACUAUCCUUUCACUGAGAAAGAAGGGCAGCUUGCACUGUGCUCGCCGGAUGGCUACAAAUUUUUCAUCCGGUCCGAUGAGACAUCCGCCACCGACGAGGUGAUCGAGCGUGUCGCCUUGCACGUGACCGACUUGAAUUGCUCGCUUGCCUUUUGGGCUGAUAAGCUUAAAAUGGAGAAGCUAUCGGCCACCGGGCCGGGCGUAAGUGAGCUGUCCUACGACCAGGGUAAGUUCAUUCUGGAAUUCCGCCAGCUGGAGGAACCGUUGGUGCGUGCGAAAGCGUACGGGCGCAUUGCGUUCGCCGUACCGUACGACGUGCAGCCACAGAUCGAUCAGCUGAUGCGCGGUGUGGAUGGGGCGAUACUGAAGCCCCUCAUUACGCUCGAUACGCCUGGAAAGGCCUCCGUCCGAGUCAUCAUUUUAGCCGAUCCCGACGGUCACGAGAUUUGCUUCGUGGAUGAUGAAGGUUUUGGUGCUCUGUCAGUGGUCGAUCCAGCUAGCGACGACGCCCUCAAACGCUAUAUUCAGAAGGACCCGUUCCAUAAAUAAUGAUACGUAUCAUUCCGUUUCGCUCGAGUCGUUUUUCAGAAAAAAUGCGAUUGCCGGCAGUGUUCUAAUGGUUAUUUGCAGUUUCUGAAAACGGCACACUCUUGUUCCCUUAUACUGCCUAGGGUGGUUUGAGGGUGUCUUACCCUUUUGGCGAUUAUUUUGAUAAGUGAUGAUGAAUCAUCCGGAUAUGAAAUGCUAAUAAAAACAGUCGAUAGCCAAUAAACCACCACA